GCUGGCACCGGCGGCGAGCACGCGCAGUCGGCGCCGCAGCAUCAGCAGCAGCAUCAGCAGCAGGAGGAGGAGGAACGGCGCGGGUCGGCAGCGCCAUGGGGGAUAGCAUCCCGCUGUACCCGGUGCGCGCCCACGGGCGCCAGGGACGCGCCCUGCGCAGCGCGCACGACUCCAGAUAUCCGUCGGAUGCGGACGAUGAGGCCGUAUUGGAUCAGAUGCCUCUGAUGAUGUCGGAGGAGGGCUUUGAGGCUGAGGAUUGUGACUAUCACAGCCUGCCCAAGGCUAGAGUUAUCAAGCAGAGGCGGGGACUAGCAUGGUUUUUAACAGGCGGCUGCAACAGUCUGUGCACAAGCUGCUGCGACAGCCUGUGCUGCCUGUGCCGGCGGCACAAGGAGCUCAAGCCGCGCACCGUGUGGCUGGGCCACCCCGAGAAGGGCGAGGAGAAAUACCCACGCAACGCCAUCAAGAACCAGAAGUACAACGUGUUCACCUUCGUGCCGGGGGUGUUGUACCAGCAGUUCAAGUUCUUCCUCAACCUGUACUUCCUCGUGGUGGCAUGCUCGCAAUUCGUGCCCGAGCUGAAGAUCGGGUACCUCUACACCUACUGGGCGCCGCUGGGCUUCGUGCUGGCCGUCACCAUGUUCCGCGAGGCCCUGGACGAGUUGCGCAGGUUCCAGAGAGACAAGGAGAUGAACUCGCAGCUCUACAGCAAGCUCACCAUACGAGGUGUUGCGAAGGUGAAGAGCUCGGACAUUCAAGUGGGCGACCUCAUCAUCGUUGAGAAGAAUCAGCGUGUUCCGGCAGACAUGAUCUUCUUGAGGACUUCAGAGAAAUCGGGGUCUUGCUUCAUCCGCACGGAUCAGCUGGACGGGGAGACGGACUGGAAGCUGAAGCUGGGCGUGACGUGCACGCAGCGCCUCCCAGCAGUGGCGGACUUGGUGACGAUCAGCGCGCACGUGUACGCGGAGAAGCCUCAGCUGGACAUCCACAGCUUCACGGGGACCUUCACGCGGGAGGACGUGAACCCCACCAUAUCCGAGAGCCUGAGCAUCGAGAACACGCUGUGGGCCAGCACCGUCGUGGCGUCGGGGACCGUGGUGGGCGUCGUCAUCUACACCGGCAAGGAGACGCGCAGCGUCAUGAACACCUCCCACCCCAAGAACAAGGUGGGGCUGCUCGACCUGGAGCUGAACCGUCUCACCAAGGUGCUGUUCCUCGCCGUGCUCGUGCUCUCCGUGGUCAUGGUGGCGCUCAAGGGCUUUGACGGGCCCUGGUACCGCUACCUCGCUCGCUUCGUGCUGCUCUUCUCCUACAUCAUUCCCAUCAGCCUGCGUGUGAACCUGGACAUGGGCAAGGCCGCCUACGGGUGGAUGAUCAUGCGCGACGACAACAUCCCCGGCACCGUGGUGCGCACCAGCACCAUUCCCGAGGAGCUGGGCCGCAUCGUCUACCUGCUCACCGACAAGACCGGGACCCUGACGCAGAACGAGAUGGUGUUCAAGCGCCUGCACCUGGGCACCGUCUCGUACGGCACCGACUCGAUGGACGAGAUCCAGAGCCACCUCUUCAGCUCCUACACCCAGGCCCCGUCGGGCCCGGCUCCGGGAGCGGCCCCGAAGUCCGGCGGCGCGGGCGCGCCCAAGGUGCGGCGCACCGUGGUGAGCCGUGUGCACGAGGCGGUGAAGGCGGUGGCGCUGUGCCACAACGUGACGCCCGUGUACGAGCGGCACGGGACCGCCGGGGGGGCCGCGCCCGCCGAGCCCGAGGACGCGGAGGCCGACCAGGACCUGAGCGACGACAACCGCGCCUACCAGGCCUCGAGCCCCGACGAGGUGGCGCUGGUGAGCUGGACGGAGAGCGUGGGCCUCACCCUGGUGAGCCGCGACCUCGCCAGCAUGCAGCUGCGCACCCCGGGCGGCCACGUGCUCACCUUCACCAUCCUGCAGGUGUUCCCGUUCACCUCGGAGAGCAAGCGCAUGGGCAUUAUCCUGCGGGAUGAAUCGACGGGCGAGAUCGUCUUCUACAUGAAAGGGGCGGACGUCGUCAUGGCCAACAUAGUGCAGUACAACGACUGGCUGGACGAGGAGUGCGGGAACAUGGCAAGAGAGGGCCUACGCACGCUGGUGGUUGCGAAGAAGACGCUCACGGAAGAACAGUACCAGGACUUUGAGAGCCGCUACAGCCAGGCGAAGCUGAGCGUGCACGACCGCUCGCUGAAACUGACGGCGGUAAUCGAAAGCCUGGAGCGCGGCAUGGAGCUGCUGUGCCUCACGGGCGUGGAGGACCAGCUGCAGCUGGACGUGAGGCCCACGCUGGAGAUGCUGCGCAACGCCGGCAUGAAGAUCUGGAUGCUGACGGGAGACAAGCUCGAGACGGCCACCUGCAUCGCCAAGAGCUCGCGCCUCGUGUCGCGCACGCAGGACAUACACACCUUCCGCAACGUGAGCAAUCGCGGGGAGGCGCACUUGGAGCUCAACGCGUUCCGCCGUAAGCACGACUGCGCGCUCGUCAUCUCGGGCGACUCGCUGGAGGUGUGCCUGCGCUUCUACGAGCACGAGUUCAUGGAGCUGGCAUGCCAGUGCCCCGCCGUGGUUUGCUGCCGCUGCUCGCCCACGCAGAAGGCGGAGAUCGUGCGGCUGCUGAAGACGCACACGGGCAAGCGCACGUGCGCCAUCGGCGAUGGGGGCAAUGACGUGAGCAUGAUCCAGGCCGCAGACUGCGGCAUUGGCAUCGAGGGCAAGGAAGGCAAGCAGGCGUCGCUGGCCGCCGACUUCUCGGUGACUCAGUUCAAGCACAUCGGCCGCCUGCUCAUGGUGCACGGACGCAACAGCUACAAACGCUCUGCGGCGCUCAGCCAGUUCGUGAUCCACCGCGGGCUCAUCAUCUCCACCAUGCAGGCCGUGUUCUCCUCGGUGUUCUACUUCGCGUCGGUCGCUCUCUACCAGGGCUUCCUCAUGGUCGGCUACGCCACGGUCUACACCAUGUUCCCCGUCUUCUCACUCGUGCUGGACCAGGACGUGAAGCCCGAGACGGCGCUGCUCUACCCGGAGCUCUACAAGGACCUCACUAAGGGUCGCGCCCUCUCGUUCAAAACCUUCUUCAUCUGGGUGCUCAUCAGCAUUUACCAGGGUGGCAUCAUCAUGUACGGGGCGCUGCUGCUGUUCGAGGCCGAGUUUGUGCACGUCGUGGCCAUCACCUUCACGUCGCUCAUCCUCACCGAGCUGCUCAUGGUGGCGCUGACCGUGCGCACCUGGCACUGGCUCAUGGUGCUCGCCGAGUUCCUCAGCCUCGGCCUCUACGUCGCCUCGCUGCUCUUCCUCAACGAGUACUUCGGGAUAGGCAGGAUCUCCAUGGGCACCUUCAUAGACACGACAUUCAUCACGACGCUGACGUUCCUGUGGAAGGUGACGGUGAUCACCCUCGUCAGCUGCCUGCCGCUCUACAUCCUCAAGUACAUCCGCCGCAAGUUCUCCCCGCCCAGCUACUCCAAGCUCACCAACUAAGAGGGCACCCGCCACGCUCCGAGCCUGCGUCUGGCUGCCCACAGGAGUUUGGAGACCGAGCACCGCGGGGGAAGGUUCCAGCUGCGACGGGCUCAGGCCCAGCGACCGUCGCGUGGGGGGGGGGGGCGAGCCCCCCGCGUCGGCAGCCCACGCAAGACACCGCUGCUGUCGAGGGGCUGGGGGGGGGCCUAGGAAUAGAAAACACGCCAGAGGCCUCUGAUCUUCAACCCCAAACUUAACCCUGAUCCUAACGCCCAAAGCACUUUUAGCCAUCUAACUUAGUCCUCGCCCAAUGCGUAACUGUCGCCUGAGUCCAAAUAGCCCAGCCUUAACAGGAAAUAUUGCCCGAGGUCUGGUCUUGAGCACGUAGUCCUCACGCUGCCCCGUACGAAGCACAAAGCCUUGGCUCCAGUCGUACCGAGACAUUUAGCCACAACCCCAACUCUAAUUCAGACCUUAGCGCCCAUCGUAGCCAGAAUAAACACCCAGCCGUAGCCGUGACCCCAUAACGUUAACCAUUGUCCAAUGAAUCCAUUUGCCACCACUCAAAAACAAUCUCUUGAGGAUGCCGAAGUGCCCGAAGCAGCCGGCGAGGUGUCAGCGCACCACCGGUGAAGCGGAGCCGUGACUGCACCGCGCCGAGUCACGAUGCCUGGGAGGCCAAGGGAACCCAUGGGGUCACAGGUCAGGCUGCGCACGAGGGUUCAACUCCACCGCAGCCAGGGGACAGCCUCCACCGCCUCCCUGCUGCACCCCUCGGCCAGGCGAUCGGGUUUCCCACCUGUCCUGGGUUGCCCACGAGCUGCUGUCCUGGGAACACUUUGUCUGCCUUCCCCGGGACAAUUCAAGUCAUGGGUUUUGUCAGUUGGCGUAGUGAUCAUAAUGAUGAUGCACCAUACUCUUUGGUUAUUUCGGUAGAAGUCACGUAGCUAGAAGUAACUGACUUUACCGAAAGAACCAAAGAGUACGGAUUCCUGCGGUCACGAAAGCUUCAGAUCAAGGUGAUGCACCACGGGAGGUGAUGCACUCAGGUGUAGUUCUCGGCUCUUCGAGUAUUGCGAGAGGUUCUUCUACUCGUUAUUUAUCCCCGUUUUUUUUUGAGCCCUCGAGUGGUGGCGAGUGAUUGGCUCCGGGAACGCGAGAGGGAUCUCAGCGAGGGCGGGGGUGACGGGGGGAGUCGGUUUGGUGGAGGUCACGGUAGUUUCUAAACUCUAAUAUCUGAAACAUUUAAUGCAAUUGUAGGUGAGAUUGGGGCAUAGUUUGAAAUAAAAUCAAUAUCCCAUGCAUUGUUUGAUGGAAAAUAGGGCCCUUAGUUUGUUUCUGUAAUUCCACGACAGGCUGGCUUCACGGGGUUAGGCUGUUGACCUCGCGGUGACUCACUGUGGCUUAGCACUGCCACGGGCGCGCCGAGGCUCCGGCGCUUUUAUACGCGACGCGCGUCGGCUUUGGCGCCGUGUAUACGCUCAACGCCACGGAUUCGUGGCACACGACCGCCUCGGGCAGGGCAUGGCACCGGGCGUGUCGUGGAAAAUGAGGCGUGCCCUCCGUUGCUGGAACCUUUUAACUCACAAAUUCUGUUCUGCGCUGUGUUCGUGGGUUGGCGUGUCGCACGCACCUGGCUCCGUGCGUGUGCGUGUGGCGUCUGUGGGUGUGUGUGUGUGUACCCGCCGUCACGUGGUCCAGAGGUGCUCACUCACUCCACGCGAGUGGAUUCAUCACGGCACCUCUCGGCCAAUCAGAGUGAGCGUCUCGCUUUCCCCAGAGGUUGUUCAGCAAUGAAGUCUCGGUUUUCUUUACAUGGAGGUAGUAGUGGAUGCAGCACGUAAAAAAAAAAGAAUAUUUUUGGGAGCUCUCAUCUCCAUCGUUGGUCCUGAGCUGUUGUUGUGAUUUCCCUGUUUCUAUGGCAGGACCCCGUCUCUCCCUAACACAGCCACGAUGUGAUGCAGCCUCACCGCACAGUUGGGGCCCUCACGUGCUGCUCGUUUUACCGAACUUUGAAGGCUUCUCAACCAGGAUUUGAAUUCAUCUCCUUGCGAUCAUGAUCUCUGCGCUCGACCGGAUCGGAUUUCUGAGACGUAACGGGAGGGAUUAUCUCCUCAAAUCUACAGGAAUUCACUAAAUAAGUCUCUCUUAGUUUAGAUGGGUUGUUUUUUUUUUUACAUUACAUUGCUGGUUUUAGGUUAAGAAAAUAAUAACUUGUUUCACAUUCGAGUUUUUUUUUUAUAUUCGGUUCAGCAAUGCGCAUGCCAGCAUCACGGAAGUUGGCUGCUAGCCAUGUGCCAUUUUCUAAUGGGUGGGUGAGCGCUUUAACCCUUCACACGAAUAGCGACUCUGCAUCUUUGCAGCGCUCCAUGUCGCUCCCACAAAAAAAAAAACGAGGCGUGCAGACGUUUUGCAGCACCGUUUUGGUCAAACCCACGUGUCUGUGAUGGGCGACUUUGGUAUUUGUCGGUGAUAUCGUACGGGUUUGCCCGCCUAUCGACAUGGCCGAGCUCUGUGGCUUCCCGGCCGGCCCC